GGUUCAAUUUCCUCUGCCACUGCGGCCCAGACUACUUUCGGAAUCCUUCCGACCGACAAUCCCAAGCACGCGAUACCGACCAUCGAGGCUUCCUAUCUUCGACAUUGAAAGAAACCGUGCGCGUCAUCACCGCACGCAGGCCGACCACCCGACCAGUCAUCCACCCCAACCUUCACGAUCCCCCACACCAUGAACACGUACGCCCCCGUCACCGGAGCCAUCCGGCGCCUGGCUGCCAAUGCUUCACGUCAAGCCCGGUCCGUCCAGAUGACCACACGAUCCUACCAGACGCAGUCGCCUCUCGUCGUUUCCCGGCGUCUCCCAGUCAAGCUGGCCAACAGGAGGAUACAAUGGCCGCAGGCGCGCGCCUUCUCUGCGACGGCUGCGACGUCCCACGGUCAUCUCGACCCCCCCAAGCCUGGCGAAGAGCUCUGGGUCACAUUCGUCGACAAGGAUGGCGAUGAGCACAAAAUUGCCGUGUGUGAGGGGGACAACCUGUUGGAUAUCGCGCAGGACAACGAUCUCGAGAUGGAGGGUGAGCAUUAUUUUCGCCAAUCUCACUCGGCCGAAUACGUAUGAGCUAAUAUUUACAAGGCGCUUGCGGCGGAUCAUGUGCAUGCUCAACAUGCCACGUCAUUGUCGUUGACGAAGCCCAUUACGACGCGAUGGAGGAGCCUGACGAUGACGAGAACGACAUGCUGGACCUCGCUUUUGGUCUGACUGAGACGAGUAGGCUGGGAUGCCAGGUCAAGAUGACCAAG